UUGAGGCAGUCGGUGCUGCCAAAAAUCCAGACUUACCACCGUCUCACAGCUUUUCCACUAACUUUCUUCACAUUUAGAAGUUGGACCACUUAUUUCCCUUCCGUCGUUGGUCACACUUGAGCACAGUUUUGUCACAGCUUUCCUAACAGAGGGUUUUCUCGCAGACUCCAGGAUGAGUAAAAACAGCAAAGUGUUGAACCUGAAGGAUAAAAUCAGCGGUAAUGAAAUGGACCUGAGCCUGUGUAACCUCACCGAGGUGCCCGUCAGAGAGCUGGCUUUAUUCACCAAAGCAACUGUUCUGGACUUGUCCUGCAACAACAUUACCUCCCUCCCUCCAGAGUUCUGCAGCCUGACCCACCUGGUGAAGGUGGAUCUGAGUAAAAACCAGCUGACCUCUCUGCCAGAUGACCUGGGGAACCUGGCUAGCCUUCAACAUCUGGACCUGUACAACAACAAGCUGAGCGUCCUGCCUGUCAGCUUCUCGCAGCUCAGGAGUCUGAAGUGGUUGGAUCUGAAGGAUAACCCGCUGGAGGCUGGCCUGGCCAAGGCAGCAGGAGACUGUCUGGAUGAGAAGCAGUGCAAACAGUGUGCCUCCAGGGUUCUGCAGCACAUGAGGGCUAUUCAGGAUGAGGUCGACCGUGCACGAGAGAAACGCCUCCUGAGGGAAAAAGAGCUGGAGAGGAAGAAGGAGGCGAAGCAGAGGGAGCGGGAGGCCAGAGAGAAGGAGGCUCGCAAACGGGAGAAGGCGGAGCAGAAGGAGAAAAGGAGGAAAGAGUACAACGCUCAGGUGGCGGCCGUGGCUGCACGGGAACAGCAGAAGAAGAAGAGCGAGGAGAAGAAGAAAAAGAACGGACAGGCAGCAGCAGAUAAAAAGGUUGUCGUGGAAUCGGCGCCUAAACCCCGACGUUCUCUCAUUGGCCUGAUGUUCAAGGUCCUCCUCCUGCUGCUACUGGGAUUGGCCGGAGUCGCCGCCGCCUGCAGACUGACCGACCUGCAGAAGGAAGCCAUGUGCGUGCCGGUCAACGUCGCCGUGGACGACAGCCUAUCCUGGGCCAGAGAGCAGGAGGGCGUGGUCAGACAGCUGGUGCAAAAUCUGUCGUCCGCGGCGAAGGAGUUUCUCGAAUCUACGCAAGCGUCUAAGAACUAAACUAUCAUCCGCCUCCAUCAGCUUCCAGAGCUGCAGGUUCCCCACCCCUGCCUGGCCUGGAAUUUUUGUUUUUUAAUAAGCUGAAAUCUUGAAUCUCAUUGAAAAUGGGCAACCCUGCAUCCCCUCACCCCGCUGGAGGUGCUGGGAGGUGAAGUCUGUACAGAAGGAUGAAGGGCGAUGGACAGAUGUGUUGAAAUCAUCUUAAAUUCCUAUGGAAUUGUUGUCACUCUUGUACCCUCUUCGUACUACAGCCUGUUUUUAAAAAAACAAACAAACAAAAAAACGCAUCAUCUCAAAUGUCUCCCCGUCGGCCAUGUUUUGCUCUCUGCACGGUUUGUGUUCGGGCGCAUUACAUGGAGCGUGGGCGGUGUUUGAGAGACGCUCAGUGAAAUGUCAGGUGGCCCUGUCCGUGCUGCACUGGAGCGUCGAGUCACACGCUGACUGCCAGUCAGAGCUGUGCAUCAGCCAGGGUUAGAUGUGGCACCGUGAGCAUGUGCAGCCAAGGCAGAGUGAAUGUACAACCCACUCGUCUGUGGCCUCUUCAACAUCAGUCAAUCCAGCUAGAUCUCACAGCUAAAACACACCGUCAGGCACGCCAACGAGAGCCCGACUGAUACAUGAGGAUGUUUAUCUAACAUGUAACAAUAUCAGGCUAAUAACUAAUGAGAAGCUGCAGAAAUGCCAAAGGAAUGUUUGAGGGCGUUUAGAAACACUGACACCCACCAGAAAGAAAAAUGUCCGUCCAGUAAUGUGAUUAAUCGAUUUACAAAUAUAGUUGCAGUAAAAGAUAUAAAUUAUUAUGUGUAUUUCUUUUUUUUUUAAACCCUCAAAUACUGAUAUCUGUGUUGGCCUCACACAUCUGGCAUCAGUCUGGCUCCAAUUGCACCCCCUUCCCACUGCACAAACUGGAUUAAAAGGACCACACCAACAGUUUUGCUCGUUAGCCCUUUUUCUAGAAAUCCAGUCUACAUGACAGAUAUCCAUUUUACAAAUCACGCUGUUGUGUUUUGAACCUUUUCACCUGCUGCGCUCACUGGUUUCCAUUCAUUUCUGUACAGUCUACAACAGACGUUUACUGUAACAGUAAACAUAAAGUCUACAGUAUUGUGUUGAAGUGAAAUGAGAUAAUGCAGUGCACACAUUUCAGUGUUAAUCUGCACUUUAAAGGCUUUACUACACAAAUAAUUUAAACUUUAACACAAAUAUCAGACUUGAUGUUGGAGAGUCUGCUAAUUGAUCGUCACCACGGAAAGCAGUGGAGUGAAGGAAAUGUCCAAAAACACAGCAGCAGAACUUGCUGAAAGGUUAGCUGUAAUAUAAAGAGUACAAAGGGGGGUAUUAGUUGUAAAAACAGUGGUAUGAUCCUUUUUGAAGAGCGCCAUGGUUACAGUUGUUAACUUUAGCUUGGAAUCUGUUAAUCCUGUGCUGAAUGAGGAUCAAGUGUUGAUACCGAACUCACGGCCCAAACUCUGAAAUGCCUUUCUUCCUGCAAUCGGUCAUCUGUAACGUGAACUACAGAAACAAAAAGUUCUUUCAGUUUAACUUUUGAAAGACAAUAUGUUCUCAUUUUUUGGGGCGUCUUCAUGCAAAAAGCUGCCUUUGCCGCUGUGGUUGUUGUACAGCUUCGUCCAUGCUCAAACGUUGUCAGCGUCAAUAAAUGGCUAUGCACUGCAAGAAAUAUCUGAACGUUGUGUUUUUGUAGCAGGAGCAGGACGGUGGGGAAGUUUUCUUUCAUACUGGUGCCAAUAGGCUUUUUCAAUACUAAGGGUUUAAUUUUGUUUGAACAUAAAAUAAAUAACUCACAGCCUGAAAGUGGCCAAAAUCUUAUUAAAAUAAAGAGUAAGAAAACAAGACUAAAGAUAUUGAAGCUCAACAACCAGCAUUACUGAGGACAGCUCUACAGAUGUAGAACAAUUCUACUCAGAAAAGAGACAUGAAAUAUGCUGAUUCUUACUGAGAGUUAUCUGAGAUGACUUCAUAUGUGAAGCCACUGCCAGCAGCUGGUUAGCUUAGCAUAGCACAGAGACUGGAAACAGCUAGCCUAGCUCUUGCCAAACGUUGUUUUUUACACUUUGGUUUUUGUUUGGAUUUAACAAACGAGAUAUGAGUUAUUAAUUCGAUUAAUUCCAUAAAUUUCCAAUUUAAUUUGAUAACUUUUGAUCAUACAUCAGGUGAUCUUCGUCAACAAAGAGUUUUCCCCGUUAAAUUGAC